AUGGCUGUCGUGGUCUUCAUGAGCGAGAAAGAGAGACAUGAAAUGAGGACAGUUGAAUGGUCGCUCAAUGACUUGCAGGGCAAUGCGUUUGACAGAGGAGGAAGCUCAAGUGAAGAAAGCCAGAGGGGGCAGAGUGAAAAGCUUGGCAAGGUCUUGGCGAGAUGGCCUCAGCCGCGUUCCGCUCUUCCCGUUCUCCCCUCAGCAUGGCUUGACCUCUCUGGUUCGCUCCUCGGCUGUCCCUGCUUCCAGGUCUGA